UUUGGCGUGUGUCCUUCUCUCCUACACCAUGUCAGCGGUGGCGAACCCAGAGAGCGGCUUGGAUGCAGAUGAGAGAAUCGCCAUCGUAAGCGAGAGCACCAACGAGGUCACCGGCUCCGCACGCCGGGCCGAGAUGCGCCGAGACAAUCUGCCGCAUCGCGCAACGUAUGUCUUCAUUCAAGCCCCGGGUGGCGAGAGCGAGAUGAACCCAGAUCUCUGGGUGCAGAAAAGGACGAUGAUCAAGGACUACUGCCCAGGCCUUUUAGAUCCCAGCACAGGAGGCGUGGUGGGACACGGCGAGAGCUACGAGGACAACGCGAGGCGGGAGUUGGAGGAAGAGAUGGGCGUUAAGGCGACAGGGGUGAAGGGGGAGGGCGGGGGGAGGGCGGAAGGCGAGCUCCGGCAUUGCUUCUCGUUCCACUACAAGGACAACCACACCAACGUUUGGGGGGACGCGUGGGACUGCGUCUGGGGAGGGGAGAUCGUCCCUCAGCCGGAGGAAGUGCAGAGCGUGCACCGCUACUCGCUGUCGGAGCUCAUCGCCGGCCAGGAUAAGGCGGGCGAGAAGCUUGAGUCCACACCCGACGGGGUGAUCGCUCUGGAGAAGUACCGGGAUUGGCUCGCGGAAAAGAAGGAGAAGUAGGAAGGUGCUUCUUCGUCGUGGGUGGCAUGCUUCUUUCGCCCCUCAUUUCUGGUCUCGGUCCUGCUACGUACAAAGCGGAGUCCCGUCGCCUGGUAUCGGUCCCUCCCCAGUGCCGUUUUCCAUAUUUAGUUCUUCGCUGCGAAACGCACUGCUGACUUCUCGACUCGGGUACGACGGAUAAAGGGUCGAUUUCCACCCACCCCCCCGGCUCACCUUGGUGAUGUGAGAGCCUGGUCCGGUGAGAACCCGGCGUGCUCCGUCCCGGCUUUGUAGGGAUGCGAGGUCAAUGGUCUAACGACUACGGCAUGCACGNGACGGAUAAAGGGUCGAUUUCCACCCACCCCCCCGGCUCACCUUGGUGAUGUGAGAGCCUGGUCCGGUGAGAACCCGGCGUGCUCCGUCCCGGCUUUGUAGGGAUGCGAGUUCAGUGGUCAAACGACUAGGGCAUGCACGACCAUGAGUUCACCCCUCCCCCCCCCACCCUGUUUUCUACCUGCCUGAGCAUGACCAUGCGUCAAGUGUUAAAUUUUCGUCAACUGUCUGGUGACAUAUGCUAUUUCGUGAGGAUGCGAUAGCCGUUGUCUCGUCGAACCAGUAUUUUCAAUUGUGUUGAUGAUUUGGAAGAACAAGAGAGGCCUUAUCCACCAAGCGACCGGCCAAUCCUCAGGGCGUCCUUUCGCGGAUAUGACUCGUUCUUUCCACCAAGAAAGGUCGUGGUCGGUUGUGGCUGGCAGAAUGAAGAUCUUAGCGGGUCGGUUGUUGUUCAAUGAGACAGAAUCGUGAUCCACGGUGUGAAUGGUAGGUGGUUCGCAUUUUCUAUGAGACAAACGAUGCAUAAUCGAGAGGUGGGUGGCUUGGCGAGAGUUGAAACGCAUCCUCUUCGUGCUAUUGGCGAUAUUUGGAGUACUUGGUUGCUUGUUGGUGGAGGAGAUAUGCUAGGGUGUUUGGGAGCGCCCACGAGAAGAAUACCUUUGUUGAAAUUCGAUGCACGAGAGAUUACAAAGAGUGGAGUUGGUACUUCCGUGUUAGCCCUGAGCGGCAGUUUGUGGUAGCAUCACGCGACCCGUUUCGUGUGUCUAGACUGUCCUACACUGGCACUUUUUCUUGGUUUGAUGGGGUUGAUUUCGUGGCAGGAGGUGGAAGCCGAGGAGAGACUCUCUCGCGCUACAAAGUAAGUUGAUUUCGUUGCGAGGGGCGGAAUAAAGCACUGGCACAAAAAAAAUGAGUGAUCGUUCUGGUGGAUCAUGUACUUGUAGACUAGUCUCUUGCGGCUGUGUUGUUGUCGCGGCUGGCUAUGUAGACUACCCUCCUCGCAAACGUACAGUCUACACGGUAGUUGUCGUUUCUCAGCACUGACAAUUUGUCUAACUGUAUUGAAAAUGAAGCCAAGCCUCUUGUGUUGUUCCCGCGAUCCGUCUCUGCUGGAAAAUACACGCUUGUCAGGUGCACACAUGAAACAUUUUUGACAUGAA